GUCAAAGGUGAUCCAAGAUGGCGACCGCUGAACAAGCAAAACAGUUCUACGAGCAGGGUUACCUCAUCAUCGAGGACUUCCUGACGUCAGAGGAGGUGGAUGAGGUGCGGGCGCAGACGCAGAAAAUCGUGGAGGAGCAGCACAACUCACAGGAUCACCCACUCACCACCUUCAUAGGUGGGAAAAAGCAGACAACAGACAACUACUUCAUGACAAGUGGAGAUAAAAUCAGGUUCUUCUUCGAGACGGAUGCAAUUGAUGAACAAGGAAAUCUAACAAAGCCAAAAAUGGAAGCUCUCAACAAAAUUGGCCAUGGGCUGCAUAUUUUAGACCCUGUCUUCAAGAGAGUCACCUUUAGUGAGAAAGUAAAGAAUAUUGCCAGAAAUCUGGGUCUUAAGAAUCCUGCUGUUCCUCAAGGCAUGGUCAUCCUCAAGCCUCCAAAGAUUGGAGCAGUAGUUACCCCCCACCAGGACUCCACGUUCCUGUACACAGAGCCCAUGAGACUGGUGGGAUUCUGGAUCGCUCUGGAGGACUGCACCACCACUAACGGGUGUUUGUGGUUCAUCCCUAAGUCUCACACAGACGGCAUCACCAGGAGAAUGGUGAGAAACCCUGAGGGGUCGGACCCGCCCACUAUCUUCAGAGGGGAGGACAGGGACUUCAAGGAUGAGGAAUUCAUACCAGGAGAGGUCAAAAAAGGUACCCUGGUGCUGAUCCACGGACAGGUGGUUCACAAGAGCGAGGCGAACCACUCGGACAAGUCUCGCCACAUCUACACUUUCCACAUGUACGAACAGGAGGGGGUGCAGUGGAGCAAGGAGAACUGGCAGCAGCCAACAGAGGAGCACCCCUUCCCCAGCCUCUACACCUUCCAGUAAACUUCUCAUGAAUGUGUCCUGUCUUCAGGAGCAGUUAUAAGGCCAGAUGAUGGAACCACAGCAUUUUAAGUCAGAGUCCUUACUUAUUUUCAGGACUUUAGGUUCA